AUGGACAUGGCAGACGCCAAAGUGGCAGCUCUUGAGGCGUUAGAAGUGGAUGAUGAUGAUGAUGAUGAUGAUGAUGAUGAUGAUGAUGAUGAUGAUGAUGAUGAUGAUGAUGAUGAUGAUGAUGAUGAUGAUGAUGAUGAUGAUGAUGAUGAUGAUGAUGAUGAUGAUGAUGAUGAUGAUAGUGGAGGUUGGGGAGGGUGAUCAUCCUUAGUUGACGGCGUAGGAGGCGAUGGAGAGGUGGACGGAGAGACGACGAUUGAUGCAGUCCAGGCGCUGCAGUUGACCCGCAAUGUCCGUUAACAUUGUGCACACGUUGAAGUCGGUUUGGCGUUGGCUUGUGAGGCAGCCGCGGCGGCAGUUGAGAUUUGCAUGUCUUGCAUCUGGCUCUGGCGGUGGUGAUGUGUUUAGCUUCGAAGACUGCUGUGCCUGUCUUCACUGUUCUUCUCCACGUUGGUCGGUCCCGGACGAGGUCUUCCCAGUUUGUCGGGUCGAUUUGCAGACGCUUCAGGGAGGUUUUCAGAGUAUCCUUGAAUCGGUGGAUUUGACCUCCUUGUUGACGUGAAACCGUCACAACAUUUCCAUAGAAGAGUCGUUUGGAUUGCCCCUCGUCGUCCAUCCGUACAAUGGCCGUUCCAGCACAGUUGUAGUUGUCUCAGCAUAGUGUAGACGCUGAGAAUUUUGUCUGUUCCAGUACGUCUGUGUCUGGGAUUUGGUCUUUCCACUUCAGAUUCAGUAUGCGGCGAAGACAGCUGAGGUAAAAGUGGUAGAGUCUACAUGCCUGCAUCAUGUACAUCAUCCAAGUCUCUGCUCCAUACAGCAACGUCGAUAGGAUGACAGCUUUGUUCUCGUUCACUCUGGUGCUGAGAUGGAGACCGUGACGAUUCCAAACUGUGUUUCGAAGACGACUGAAGGCUUUAAUUGUCUUAGGAAUCCUGCGGGCCGUUUCAUCGUCGAUUUUAAUGCUGCCCAGAUACGUGAAGUUUUCCAGCACUUGCAGUUGGGCGCCGUUCACGUUGGUUUAGGAUGCGACGUACGCUGCGUCGGGUGACGGUUGGUGCAUGACCACCGUCUUCUCCGUGUUUAUGAUCGCACCGAAGUUCUCGCAGGCGCUGAAGAAGAGAUAUAUGCUCCUUUGCAUAUCUCCUUCAGUACAUGCAUUGAGGGAGCAGUCAUCGUGGACGGUGGUUAUAGAUACACGUGACUGGAAGUGCAUCCGCUGCUGACUGAGGAGGUGACCGUCCGUCCUGUAGGCGAUGCGAAUCCUGGGGCAUUCGUCACGAUAGGCGUCCAUCAGCAUACAGUUAACAUGAGACUAAAGAGGGUAGAUACGAGGACGCAACCCUGCUUCACUUCGUUGGUCACUGCGAAUGCCUCUGAGACAGCUCCAUUGUCCGUGGCUCGCACUAUUGCGCCAUCGCGGAGCUGAUGCACCAUCUGAGUAAAUCGUUCGGGAGAGUCAAAUUUCUGCAUGAUUUUCCACAGUCCGUCAUAAUUCAUCGUGUUGAAGGCUUUUGUCAGAUCCACGAGGGAUAAUAGAGGUAGGACCGCAUCUCCUGACACCUCUGCAAUUGGCGGACGGCGACGAUCAUGUCGGUGGUCCCACGAUGACGGCGGAAACCGCACUGGCUUCCCGGCAGGAGACCUUGUUCCAGAUGGUUGCUCAGGCGGUUGAUAAGGAUGCGAACAAAGAUGUUCCCGGCGAUGUUCACUAAGGAGGUUCCUCGAUGGCUGUCGCAGACCUGACAGUCACCUUUUCGCUUAUAGGGAUGACCGAAUGUGACGUCCUUGAAAUCCCGCGGGAAUCCUACUUGAUGUCACAUCUCCGUCACAGCGCCAUUAGAUGAUCCUUGAGAUGGGGCCACCGUGCCUUUUGAUCUCAGCAGGGAUCGUGUCUGAUGUGAGUACUUUCCUGGUGGAGAACUGUUGUACGCCCCUGAUGGUUUCUUGGACAGAGGAAGGGAGGUCGAGGUCGGUGUUGGUCUAUGCAUGUGGUAUACGGGGGACGGCAGCGUCGGGGAUGAUGGAAGGGCGGGUGAGGCGGCUCUGAUUUGUUCGGCCCAUCGCCGUACACUUUGUGUCUUCUCAUCGAGUAGGGUACUGCCGUCGACGUUGAGAAGUGGUGCAGUUGCUUUAGCUGGUGGACUGUAGGCAACAGAAGCGAACCGGCGAGUUCCAGGUAGCAAUUCAGAAGACAAAGAUGCGAUCACUGGAACAAUCAAUUUAUUUGCCUGACGUUUCGGAUCCUCACUCGAAUCCAUCAUCAGAGACAUUCGCAGAUAAAGGUGGUGGUGGCACCAGGAGUGCAGUAUUUAUAGAACGUGGCUGCCGUGGGACCGUACGCGCGCUGCAAUUAACAGUUCUCGCAAUCACCGCUGGGGUCGUAAUUGAUGCGGUGGUGGCUUGUCCGUCCGAGUCCGAGUAGUUAAUGGCCGCGAUUUCGUCAUCCGUGAAGGAUGCUGAUGUGACGAUUGCUCGGCAAACUGGCUCACUGUCGCCGUGAUGAUUGCUCGCCCGCGCCCUCCCCACGUGACUGAUUCUCCUGCCCAGGGAAAAUCGCAGUACGGAAUAAGGUACCGGGAGGUCAUUGUGCUUGUUUAUGGAUUGCGGGCCUGAGAACCAUGACUCGAGCAGCUCGCGGCUCACGCGGUUGUCACACCUUGCGAGGAUUUCGGCCUCUUGAAAUUUGAAAAUAUGGCCGGGUCCCGUGGAGUGUGCCGCCACCUGAGAGUUAGCGUCUCCCCGCCUCACUGCUGCUGCGUGCUCGGCAAUUCGGGUACGGAGUAAUCUCCCAGUUUCUCCGACAUAAUUGCUUUGUCCGCAACUACACCAGAUCCGGUAAACGACUCCAGACGUUUCCUGCCGUGGCAGCGGGUCUUUUGGCCUCAUGAAUUGGCGCCUAAUGGUUGCUUCCGGCCUGUGUGCAACCCCAACUCCAAGUGGAGUAAGAAGACGACUGAAGGCUUCUGAGACGUUCUUCACGUACGGAAGAGCCUGCCAAAAUUUGGGGCCGGUUGGAUUUGGUCUCUGGUGUCCUUUUCGUAUGCACUGGUUGACAAAGUUGCGCGGGUAACCAUUGGCUCUCAUUACCCGUCGAAGAUAUUGUAAUUCAACAACUGCUCGAGUCAUGGUUCUCCGGCCCGCAAUCCAUAAACAAGCACAAUGACCUCCCGGUACCUUAUUCCGUACUGCGAUUUUCCCUGGGCAGGAGAAUCAGUCACGUGGGGAGGGCGCGGGCGAGCAAUCAUCACGGCGACAGUGAGCCAGUUUGCCGAGCAAUCGUCACAUCAGCAUCCUUCACGGAUGACGAAAUCGCGGCCAUUAACUACUCGGACUCGGACGGACAAGCCACCACCGCAUCAAUUACGACCCCAGCGGUGAUUGCGAGAACUGUUAAUUGCAGCGCGCAUACGGUCCCACGGCAGCCACGUGCUAUAAAUACUGCACUCCUGGUGCCACCACCACCUUUAUCUGCGAAUGUCUCUGAUGAUGGAUUCGAGUGAGGAUCCGAAACGUCAGGCAAAUAAAUUGAUUGUUCCAGUGAUCGCAUCUUCAUCCUCUGAACUGUAGGCAAUUUUGAUCGUGACGAAGAAGUUCUUUCAUUUGGUGUGGUCCGCCCACUCUUAGAUCUCCUCGGUCGCGCGAGUCGUCCAGGCGUCCUGCAUCUUGCGCAACAGUUGUUGCACAAGGCGGCGACUACGUUAGAAGGCUGCUCUAUUUUCCCCAGUCGGUCGGUCGACGUAGGUUUUGUGCCAACGGUUCAUCUAGGCGAGCAGGUUGCAGAUGGGGGCAUCGCUGUCAUCAAACCAGUCCUGGUGUUGUCGGUGUGCACGACCGAGGAUGGUCAGAGCCGUCGACUGGACUGUGUCCCUCAGUUCACACCAUCGGCUCUCCACGGAAGCGUUCUCAUCAGUGGCGGAAGCGGCAGCAGCGACUGGAAGGUAGGCCAGCCGUUGAGCUAAUUCAUCGCUGAAAUGGAUAUGGUGAGCAGGCAAAGACAAUAAAGCAAUAUUCAGCUUACCUGGGGGUCGCUCUCCUUGAAGUCUCCUGCGAGGCUAUAGGCGAAUCCGCAUCUUGGAGAUGACGAGACGAUGGUCAGUGUACCCGCUGGCACCCGGAAUCGUCUUUGUCACAAGCACGUCCCGCUGAUCCCACCUCUGGACGAGGACAUAGCCCAGUAUAUGCACAUGUACCGACCGAGGGUUCAUCCAACUGGCCUUCUCUCACAUGGGAAGGUGGUUUCAUCUGUUGCUAUUCUCGACGACCAACAGUCUUACAAAUCCACGUCUUCCUCGCGAGUCAAAUCGAUGAUUGGUCAACUAACCGGACUCCUGAACCGAAUCAAACGCAACAGUGCGAUAUCGCUAGACGAAUGGUGACAGAUGUAACCAACGGACACGGCACUAGUCCGGUUUUAUGGACUACCCAAAAUCCACAAGCUAAUGUUCCCCUUCGACCGAUCGUUACCAUGAAAGGCAGCCCCACUAACAAUCUGUCCAAGUGGAUGGCUCGAAAACUUAACUUUCUCCGAGAAGGCUCGAGGACUUCCAUCAAUUCGGCCUCCCAAUUCCUGGCCAAUAUCGGAGGAGAAGUUGUCCGACCGGAUUAAAUUAUGGUCCUUUGACGUGGUUUCAUUAUUCACAGCCAUCCCACCGGACCUGGCACGCGACGUUCUUCGCAAACGACUCGAAGAGCACUACGACGAAACGAACAGGCCCCUAAAAAGCGAUCACGUACUGCAGCUGUUUGCUUUCUGCCAACAAACCCAUUUCACCUUCAAUGGCAGAACAUACGAGCAGACCAAAGGAACGCCGAUGGGUUCACCAAUAUCUAGCCAUGUUGCAGAAAUAGUCCUGCAGGAGCUGGAAAAGGUCGCCUUCGACCACUAUAAACCUGCAUUUUGACGCCGGUACGUGGAUGACAGGUUCGUUAUAAUUGAAAGGAGCAGACUGGCCGUCUUUCAAGACCUGCUUAACGGCAACUUCCCGGACAUUCAGUUCACAAGGGAAGAAGAGCAUGCCGAACAGCUGUCUUUCCUUGACGUUCUCGUCACAAGCACACCCAACGACGAGCUCAACACCACGGUGUACAGAAAGGCGACUAACACGACUCAGAUUCUCAACUACCAUAGUAACCACCCAAUGGCGCAUAAACGCAGCUGUGUUAGAACACGCUUCCAAAGGGUAGAAACGCACUACUGUGAGCCAUAGGGACGAGUACGAGAACUUCGGCAUGUUCGGAACCAACUGGCAAGGAAUGGAUACCCAAACAGCUUCGUCAGCCGCUGCUUCCGCACACGCCCAUGGCGAACGAACGGAAGAGAGCCGUCAACACUCUGGCACCCUCUACCAUAUAUAAAGAACGGGUCCGAAGCGAUGGAACGUAUCGUUGAAGAGCUCGGCGUGAGUAUCGCUCACCGUCAAACAGCAGCCAUGCGCAACCAAAUCAUGCGAAUGAGGGAUCGACUAGACGUGGGAGAACGGUUGGGUGUCUUUUAUCAGAUCCCAUGUCGGGACUGCCCUCGCCACUACACAGAACGGACCGGACGACGACUUGGCUCACGAAUAACGCAGCAUAAGCGGACGGUCCGGAGAGGCGACGCGUUGUCUCAUGUCGCCACUCACACCCUGGAGGAAGCCCUCGACCUACUACCAUUAUUUGUAGUUUGCACAGAAAGGAGGCGAUUUAUCGCAAGAUUCCUUGAAGUACUACUUAUCCAGUAGCUUUUUUGUCUAAAACCUUAUUGUGCUCCUAGUGUAAAGCGUAUCCCUAUAGGCGUUUGCUUCAAAAUGGCUGCACUAGUGUAGUCGCGAAAGUGAUGCCUCAUUUGGGUUUUGGAGUAGCCUUCCACUGCGACGCGUUUAAUGUAAGCAGCGAAUAGGAGCAGACAAAAUGAGAGACUGCAUUAAAUACAGUAGGUGGCCUUAUGGACGAAGGAUUAAUAAUCACCCACAAAGCGGUAAAAAUGCAUAAAGCCAAUUGAAAAGGUGUUUGAAAACAUAUAAUAUAUACUAAAAAUAAUAUUACGUAGUGUAGAAAUGCCCACUUUCCAGAGAAGUGGAAAGUCCCAGGAAUGUCAGAAAUGGUCGCAGUUUAGUAAACAUCAGGUUUUGACGCUCAGAAAGUCUAUGUCAACAACUAAGAAAAUGCGGCAGCACGAAUAAAAAAAAGUGCUCGACAGUAGUCUUUGAGAUAAGUUCGCAUCUAAAUAUCCUUUCAAAAUUAGUGAAAUGUCAGCUAUGUCGGUUUACUAACAGCCCACAUUCUGAGUAUAGAUUCCAAAACUAUUUCCCAAGAAUUCGUCGUCUAUCCCGCGAUUUUCAUUAGUUGAGAUGCGGUACAAUAAGGCAAAUAGGACCUUGUUUGAUUUCGUAGACGAAUGCACAUUGGAAAGAAAGUUUUAUAAUCGCACAUGUUUUCAGGCCAAACGUUACUAAUAAAUUUAAGAAUAUUUGACAUAUGUGUUUGUAAGCAUAUGAUUUUGUGUAUAGAAAGAAAACUUUUCUUUCGCGAAGAAAAAUUGCACCUAACCUUUAAAUAACCUCACGCUGAAUUUCGUAUUGGUCUUGAAACAUUGCUGGAUACUUCAAGAAUUUCAGUGUUUUCAAAUGCCAGUCCAUAGAGACAGAUUCUGUUAUAUGCAGUCAUUAAAAAAUUUAUGUUAGUAUACGUCUUGAGGACGGUGAACGCAGUAGCGGAUGUUAAGGUGUUAUUUUUCAAGUAACUGGUCGUUUGAGUCACAUUUAAGGACUCACGUAAUGUGAAAUCUCAUCUUCGGAAAAAAUGAACGUCCGCAACGAAAGUCAACAACGAAUGUGUCAUCAACCAAUUAUAAAAAUUCCUUCAAUAAUUUGCCUUUUUAAGGAGUACUUAGCCACUGCAUUCCACUGGCUAGUGUCUGUGUACUUUACAUUUUUACUCGUUUUUGUCUCCCUUUCGGUUGAAUUAGUCGACAGGCCGUGUUUUCUCUGUAUUCUUAAGCUCCGUGUGACUGUCUUGUCCUGAUCAUUUCGUAUUUAGUGACGUAGUGACUUUUGAAAAUGCAUAACGCUCUUGGUUAAUCGAAAAUAACCUGUGUCAGCAAACUGAUUCCCACAAUUAACAUCAGACCAGAAGAUCCACUUCAAAGUGCGACAAGCUCUGCUUGUUAAAUCUCUCGAGGGAAUCUUGUCCUCCCUUGGAAGAAAAACGUGCUCAAAUACGCAAUAUUAGUCAAUAAAAUUGCUCAAAUAUACCACAUAGUCCAUUUUCGUUCAAAUUUAUGAACAUUUUGCUUAAUAAAUGUGCGCAGACAGUUUCUGUACAAGGAAAAGUGUUUAAUUGGAAGAGCUAGACGGAUAUACAAAAUGUGCAACAUUUAAGGCGUCUGACAAUUUUCAUACCGGGUUCCGUUACAACGUUCCGUCAGCUAGAUCGCGGACCGUAUAUCAAAUUCUAACAAGUGUCUUAUCUAUUCCUACGUUUGUUGCUGGAGUUAAAUAGGUACGUUGAAUCAUUGGGUUAUCUAAUAAAGUUUCUGGAUAAAAGGUCGGUCUUAUUAAUCAAAAAAGUUUGCUACAAGAUAAAUGGAUUGAUUGUAGCAAAAAAACUUGUUAUAGCAUGAAGUUUAGCAUAAUUCUUACGGUGGUUCCUAAAAAGUUCGCUCUAUUUAGGUUUAAGUAGUAGAUGGGUUAAUUUCCGUUGCCAGUCCUAACUUAUGAAAAACAGAUUUUUUAAACUCAGAGGCUCAACAAUGGAUGUUUUGGAGGAUUCUACUUACUGCUAUGAUUUCUUGUUUCCAUUUGAAUGAACAUUCUGUGAAUUAGAGGUUUAAAGAAGUCGGAAGUCUUAAUAAAACAACCUAUCAUAGGUUAGCGCAGUUUUAACAGCUCUCCGUAUGUUUUCAGCCCUGGCCUAAAAGCAAAAAAAAUGAAAACCGAACGCAAAGCCUUGUAAAAACUGCCUUUUCCUGGUAAAUAAAAUGUCUUUGAACUGGGACUUUUUAAGCCCAGGGUAGAAAUAACAACUAAUCAUUGCGGCGUACGUAAAAACUGUCAUCAUGGCAAAAAAUAAUUUUAUAUAUGAUAUACAAUUAAGGUCUAAAAUACGAACGAGCGUUUGCAAACCUUCGAAUCCAGGCUCAUGAAAUGACCGGAGAUAUGUUAUUUCGAUUAAAAGGAGACUUGAGUCUAGUUUAUGUUGUUUACAAAUGUUUUAUUAUUUUCGAGUUUGUUAACUUCCAUAGAUAACAUUGCUUCCUUGUCUUUAUUUCCCCAUAACGAUUAUUACUUGAUUUUUUAUUUAACAGAACAGUUUAGAUAUGGAUACCCUGGAUGGUUUAUCUCAGGGAAUGUCCUGUAGAACAUGUCGGACCGAUACGCUUAUUUGGGAAAAUAGUCCGUCCAUUACAAUUUUUCACAGAUUUGUUUUACUAAUGUUGAAUAUAAGUGCGAAUUACCCAUGCCUUAGACCUCUGGAGACUACCUUUUGCUUAAGUUUGAUGGCAGACAGAAGCUGGCCAUGCAUCAUUUUUGCACGAGCUAAUGAGAAUAUGUCACCCGUUAUGAAUACCCUUUAGUUAUUUAUCGAUGUUUUAUGCUCCUCAGCACGGUGGGAUCGCUUUUGUCAAACGCUCUUACUACUGCGUUAUUUUGUAUAAAAAAGCAAUAAUUUACAAACCAGCACUUUCAGGACUGCUCCCACUCAUCGUCUUUUGUUAAUAAUGCGGUUUUUAACAACUAAUUUGAACUACAAUUUUGACUUUCUACUUCCAAAAGACAUGACUUUAAGGCUUUCCUGCUUGAAAUAAUGUCUUUACAGGAUAGGAUAUGUGCAAACACAAGAACAGCAUGAAAAUGUUCUAGAAUAUAAAAAACUGUGGUAUUUUACCCAAAAUUUUUGCAUUUUAUUAAAAUGAAUUCAAGACAAAGUCUCCCUCCGAGCCAGUCCAUCUACUUCUAAACAUUGAUUAUCUGGUAAAAAUAACAAUAACCAGCACACUUUACAAUGGCUGUUCAUUUCAUGACUUGCUUCACCUGAUGUAUGUUAAGAGAAGAAUUGACUGAAGGCGUAAUUUUGCAAUUCUGUGUCGAUUUUAUUCGCGUUGGUGUCUUAUAAAUUAAGGUAUACGUUGCACCAAAGACUUGCCUUAACGAUAAUUUUUCGAUAGUUACAAAGAGUUGCAGUGUCUAGUCAUGAUCGGAAAGAUUCCUUUUAUAAGAUAGUAGUGUUCCUGUCAAAAUGUUCCGCUAUUACUUAAGUCUAUCAGACAUGGCUGACGACGCACUUUGAUAUAAGCAACUUCUGCCUAUUUGCGUCCAUUAAGGUUUUUUAAUAUUGAUAGGAAGUGAGAUCCAGUGAUCCUACCUUUACUUAAUAGACGCUUUAAAGGACGAAAAAUCUUCAUCAUUAGGGUCCGGUGGGAUCACUUCUCGGUAUCCAGGGCUACCGCACGCAGUGGAUUGCCUCGCCUAUGCAGGGACACCUAUCUGAAUUUCAAUGCCAAGGCGCUCUCAAAAAUACCCUCGAAGGCAGAGGAGACUGCGGCCAAACUGAGCUUUGCGUAACCUUGGAUUCGAAUCCGAUUUCUCUGGUUAUUGUACGUUUUUAUUUCAGUAUCUCUCCCCCCUGAAUCAGUAAUGAUCUCCAGGCAACCAUCUCUGAGGCUCCAACGGGUAACAGCGUGAGCAUGACCUCAAACUGGUCGGCAAAUGCUUUUUCAGCAAUGACGGUUACCGCCCUCCUCUGCUAGAAUGUCACGUGAACGAGGGGGAAGAUGUGCGAAGAUGUCAAGAUUUAUUCUCCCUGUGUAAAUAUCAACGAAUCGUUCGCACUCUACUUCCCCUCUCUUCUAUGAUUUUUUCGAUUCAAACAGGACAUUGUGUGUGUCUCGCGUAAGCACUUCUCUUAGGUUUCUACUAUAAUGUCUGUCCGGUAGUUUGCUUUCCGAACAAAGUCGUACAGGUAGUUGAUUGAUCACACUACGGACACGUUAGUGGACAAUGAUGAAACCGUUAACGCUAACAUCGUCCGCAGUCUUCAUCGCAUACUUAAUGGUAGAUUUUGCACCUACAAAUUGGGCUUUGAGUGUUGUCAUGCAUUCUGGUAUCUUAAAUGUCGAAGGAAGUGCGAGACCUCGUAUGUUGUUUCGUCGCCAGGAGUAGAAAGUCUAUUCUUUCUUUAUAUGGUUUGUUUAUACAGACCCUUCCCUUGUAGUCGGUCACUGUUCCCCCAACGUAAGCAGCGUUGUAAGAAUUAAAUCAGACCCCAAUGACAAUUUGCUGUGCUGUGUCAUUAGCUUGAACGUCCUCCUAUUUCGUUGUCGGUCCCCAAAUACUAACCUCGAACUUGUUAACACCGCAAAUUAAGGAGGCCUGUAAUAGCAAAGUGACUGUUUUCGGUGUCUCUCCAAUAUACUGUCUAUUUUUAUAUUGUGCAAUGAUUUAUCGUACUAACAACACAGGCAUUAGCUAAAAGUCCAGACACGCGUGUUUCGCCGAACUUGUGCCGCUGCCUGACGCAGCUGCGAGGGGUUCGGCACAUCAAGGGGUCCCCCAGCUUUCCCGUGUGUUCCAGUUUCAACUUGCCUUGCUUACUUUCCGAGGAAAUUAAUGCGCGAACUUUGAGUAACUCUUUCGAAACUGACCUUUUCAGGCACGGUCCGAAAUUUGAUAUGAACAUUUGAGCUGAAUCCGUCAGUUACUAUGGAAUAACCGCUUAGUAUUCACAAACCGCCAACAGACAGCCAGCAGCAUAGAACUGUGCAAUGAUUUACCGCACUAAAAACACAGGUAUUAGCUAAAAGCCCAGACACGCGUGUUUCGCCGAUCUUAUGCCGCUGCCUGACGCAGCUGCGAGGGGUUCGGCUCGUCAGUGGGUCCAGUUUUAACUUGCCUCGUAUAAUUUCCGAGGAAAUUAAUGCGUGAACUUCAUAUUCUCGUUGAUUAACGUCUGCCCUUUGAGUGCCGCUUUCAUUUGCUCUCACAAGGUGGACUUAUGAGUGCGUUUAGAUGAUGUGGAGUUGUUAUAAUGAUAAUUCGUAAUCUGUCAAAUUACAUUUGUUGGUAGCAUUCAUGUACGCAGUUUCCGUUAUGAAUACCCUCUCUUAUGUUCGGUCAGCUAAAUGCUAGAGUAUCCUGUUGUUGGUGUCAGCUAUCUUGUUGUGGAGUGCCUGUUUAGACUAAUGUAGCUUGAGAAUUCACUGCACUCGGAAAGUGCUUAAUUUAUGCCUUGAAGAAACUACAGGCAUUUGUCGACGGUUCCUUCUAGUUCUUGAAGGACAUUUGCGAUAUUUCGGUCAGAGAGCGGCAGUCCCACGAGAGAGCUUUUGCUUUGAUAUCAUGUAGCGCCCUCGAAGUAAAAGAUGUUCCUAGAUGAACCGUACAAUGCUGGGUGAGAUUAACCUGCUUCGUUGUGGGUUUCUAGUCUUAUUUACUUUGUUUUCCGGUCUUUGUUUCACUUUUUUUGUAGAUGGAGUCUUCGAAUGGUUUAAAGGAAGAAAUCAAAUGUGUCAGAGUUUAAUUAUCAUUAAUAAUUUUGAAAUACUUUUUGUCCGAAAGAAUGAGGUAGAGACUUACAGGACCAUAACCCUCUCAAGAUAGGUUCAGACUAGCUGAAGUACGCCGUGUAACUGAAGAUCUUACGAGAUAUAGGUAUUGAAACCAAGUAAACUUCGUCUAUCCACUGAACUGUCGUCCUUUUGUUAAGGUCCUAUCAUUCUCUUUUAAAUUAUCAUAAGUUGUUUUGAACUGCUUUCAGAUCUUUGCACAGACCAUCGACCUUAAACUGUCAUCUAUCUCUCAAGUGAUACCAAAGGACUUUUCCCAUUUUUGACAUCUUGAUGGUGUUUUCUACUUCCUCGGAAUUGAUAAUAUGUUGUCGUCAAUUCAUUUUAUUCACGAAAUAUCUUAUAUUUUAUGGGCACAUUCUUGAUUGUAUACAUGACUGUUUGGAGCAGGUUCGGUAGUGUUUUGUUUUUCAAAUAUGAAUCUGCUGCUUCUAAAUUCCGCCCCAAAUUAACUUUCCGUUUUAAAGAGAUGAAGCUGUACUUAAAACUAACGGGAUAAAGUCAUUCGACAACGCAAAUCAGUGGACAACACAUAGUAUUCCUCUACGCCGAUUUCCUUCUAGCAGAUGAACAAAAUCAUGCCCUUUCUAGUAAAGGGUUUUGCUGCUUUGAAUAUACUCUUUUAGAACCGUUAGUUAGGCUUUCAGACACAAAAAUCGUAACAAAAAUAAAAAUUAAUAUUCCUAAUGCUUGCAUAGAGUCUGUUCAUGAGCCCUUUGAGCGGAAUUUUAUCGCUGCCUGGAAAGUUUUUGGAAUGACACCUAAACUCUUAUAAUAGCUUUGACCUGUCCAACUAACUAACUUCAUGUAUUCAUUACCCUGAACUUACCUAUCGGAGCUUAUGUCCAUUUUAACUUUUACCCUCACUACUACACUCUAUGUUAAAGUCAGUCAAAUCAUUUCCUUUCAAGUUUUCUAUAGGAGAGGCACUCCGAUUCAUUUAUUGUUGUUUAAUCUGAACUUUAGUAUUUUUUAAUAGAUUCAGUGCUGCAUAAACUAUUUGCCAACCAUGACAACUAUUUGUAUCCUGACGUGCAGUGAUUGUAUUGGCGCAUGCACAAUGCGAAAGCCAGUAGCUCUUAGCUCUUGGGAGAUGGCUUAAAAGAUCUCUCCUGUGUGCAACACUUUGAAGGAUACUAGGUUCGCCUCUGCACCCUCCAUUCCGCCUGUUGGGCUCUGUCACUAACAUCUGAGACGGCUUACUGCCUGUUUAAUUAAAUUCCACUGGACUCUAACUGCCUACCGGCAUGAAACAAUUCGUUUUUAAGGAACUUUUUGUUGCUGCAUUACCCAGGGCGGCGGUGGAGGACUAGUCCUUUAGUCUUUGGCAGCAUGUCUGUUUCUACAGCCGAGGACGGUUUCAGCCCUAACAUCUUUCAGCUAAACACUUUUAUGGAGCUUUGACUAGCCUGCUUUGCACGCUUCCCUCGUAAAUGCGGUUAUUGUAUGUGGAGUUUUCAAAGCGAAUACUCAAAUCUGUGAAACCCUGCGGACAGCGCUGGCACAAAUUACGGAUCCAAGGCCGUUGAAGGUUCAGGACAGAGAUGCACGCAGCAUAGCCUGUGCCGGUUUGUACUGCAUUUACUUUGGUCGGACAGACCGGGACCUUGAGACCGACUUCAAUGUACAAGAACAAAUUGUCGGGUUAUAAGUUUUCUGGAUUUGCCAGAGACAGUCUCUGUUUUCAGUUGGAUAUGACCAAAUAACGACGAGUUUGCCUGGGACACUGGAAAAUUACUAACGACAGCAAUACUCCUUCUGUCAACGUUGCUGCGCACUACGAUGUUUACAAGCACAUCAAACACGUCGUUCCUACCUCCGUUGCACUGAAUCAUGACAAUGACAAGCUGUCCGUUUAUUCCGCCGCCCCAGCCUAAGGAGCAUUGAUCCUAAUCAUUCGUCUUCAACGCAAUCACAACGUGAAAGUACGCAUCGCAGCCUCUCUGUCCUUCGGUCUCCAUCGUGUGAAUCUCACUUCCGCUUCCAUCGUAUUCUCUUUAUUGCUUAUCAUCCAGCGUGGAAUAGGGUGGCUCUAGCCGUAGUGCCAAUAGCAGGCUAUUGUUCACAGUGAGAAAAUAUUCUCAAUGAAGAAAUAGGAGAGAGCAGUGGCCAUUUCUGACUUCUUUAACCUCGUCAGACAGCCGUUACCAGCGCCAGCGGUCACCAGGGAAGUUGAACCUAGGAGAGUUGUUCAUCAGAAAUUUCAGUGCGCAACCUUCCACCAGUCGGGCUACGGUAGCUUGGUCUGUCGGUUACUGUCUAGUGAAAAUGUUUUUGUUUCCGUUUGCAAAGUUUUCCGGUUACCGACCACUCAUCAUCGUGUGACCACCGCCAAGGGUCUUGGACUUGAAUCUACAAAGCAAAACGGAAAGCAUCAUUUUCCUUCUCCAUUUAAAAUAGAUUUGGGCAAUUUCGUUUUCCCGUGAGUUUGAGUUUUUGCGAUCGUUCCUAACUGCAUACUAGUCCAUGCCUCAAGUCGCAAAGAGUUUGGCACACAAAUGUUUGACAACCAAUCGAUUAAUCCCCGGAUCUCUGGUAGCCACCUGAAAUAGGGCAAUGACUGUUCCAUGACGAUAAAUAAGCUGUAAUCGGCAAUUGUAGCCUUUGUUGUCUUUGCUGUCAAACGUCUUUGGUCACGUAUAGUUUGACGCAGUAUGGUUGCUUGCGGGGCACUGAACCCAUAUUUACACUAAAGUCGAAAGUGUCAUUUCAGUCCUCCAGUUAAAAUAGAUUGUUAUCUUCCUCAUCAAGGUGACACCACCAAAAAUAUGAUUGUAAAAGAUCGAUUUUUUUCUCAGCAGAUGGUGCGAAUACUGUCUAUCUAAGAAGCUUUCUGAGUCUAGUCAAAUUUUAAUUUUAAAAUUAUAAAUAAAUUUUGCAAAUGUUUUGUCCCUUUUCUGGAACGUUAGUCAUAAUAUUUUGAGAUCUUUUGGAUUCUUAUCUUCAUUCCCUGUUUUGUAAAGUAAAAAUGUAAUUCAUUGGGCACGGUUGGAUUGGCAGCAACGCGUCUUGUGCCUUACAAUUUUUAGCGGCCGCUUUACAUGUUCUCACGAAGACUUUUAUCAGAUUUCGCUUGCUCCGGCCUUGAUGCUUUUCUAAGCGAUGUUUUUUUGAAAUAUAAAUCAAUGGCGGAAUUUUUGAAAAAACCCUUCAAGGGUUUCAUACGAGAAUAGAGCUUGAAUAACGGCAUAUCGAUUGGAUAAUUUUUAAGUUACUAGUCUCGUAUAAAUUUAUGCGCUAUGGGCUACAAGAUUCAACAUACACAUGAGGACUCAAAAGCUCUAAUCAGUACUGAUCUUCUUGUAUAAAAGCAUUUGUACGAUAAGACUCGAGUCAAUAAGGAGCUGUGUGAAUAAAGGUUGAGGCGUUGAUCUCAAAAUCACCGGUCAAAAAAUCUUUGCUUACCGACCGUUUACUUUAGAAUUAACGAUGAUUUUUUGAGCAUUUGUUCACAAUGUUCUAUAAAAUAUUUUAUUCUUCCACGUUAAGGAUGUAUCUCUUUUAUUAAGGAUAAAUAGACGUGAAGGCACAAAGGUCCCUGGUUAUCGUGACUUGCAUAUCCAGGCAAAUAAUCUGUUCGUCAUAAUGAUUUCACGAAGCGGACUUAACUUCGGCUACUCCGAGCCGCCACUCAAAAUCCUCAUUAUAGUUUUCUCCGGAAAUCUGGCAGUAGUUGUUGCGAUGCACUAAGAGAGUUACUAAAACUGUUCGCAAUUUUACUAAAGUGACCUUGAGACAGCGUUUUUUGCAUACACUCCCUUUAGUUUUUAUCCAAAAUUGCCUUUAUCAACACAUCCAAGCAGAUAAUUUUCGUCGAAAAAGGAUUGUGGGACUCGAUUUCAAAUAAGUUUCAUAGUGGUCGUAUUCAUUUGGUUUUUACGAGAUCUUUAUUACGUCUUAAUUCUUUUUGUGAUUAAACGACUGUUGGAAUUGUUAUUCUGCGGAGCGGAAACAACUAGGUCUUGCUUCGUUCUAACUUACUGCUGAUCAUUUAUAAAAGGACCAUUGUCUAGAUAGUCCACACUUAAAUCCGGUCCUUCGCCUGAAUGAACUAUUCUCCCCAAAAACCCUAUGCACUUUAAUAAUGCAUUAUACGUUGAAACCCUGGACGAUGUUUAAUGGACCUCAUUUAAAAUCCCAUUAAAGCUUGGCUGUUUUUUCUAGGGGCUAAAGAGCCUUAUGAAUUGAAAAGGGUGCCCGUCAAACCUCGUGAUCUGCGUUCUUGUCCUGAUCAACAAAUUGGUCUCCGCACUUUUGGUUUUCCUUAGGCAGACCCGUUCUACCUCACGCCAGUACCUUGCUUCACAACUGUUAACAAUUUGAUGUUGUUUUUUCAUGAGCCUUUCUUUCAGUUAAGCAUGGAAAAACAGCGCCAUCCAAACGGAGCCGUUUGAAAGCUUGGAUUAGGAUUAAUGUUUAAAUAGCUUUACCUUAAAUGUUCUCGAGAAGGUAUUAAUCCUGUUUUUAUGGAGAAUCUGCUUAUAAACAUUAUAAACGCAAACUCUAAUGCAUAAGUGACAAAUAUGACUUAAUUGUUAUAUAAUUCGUCGAAGUUUCUUUUUAAAUGUUUUUCUAUUUUUUCCGACUUUGCAUUAACCACCCAGACAGUCUAAAAGAUAUUUCAAAUAUAAAAACGAGGACUUAGCCGAGGAAUGCAAAAUAAAGAUCAUCUUGGACUGUUUGUCGAGUGGCAGUCGCAGCCCUUCCAAUUUAUUGUCAGCGUCUGGUAUCUGAAUCCCGCCAACACUACAUAUCAAAAGAAAACCAAGCAACAUCGUAUCCGGAGGCUUGCACUAUAGCAAUAACAGGUACGAUCACAAGUUGUCAUCAGAAUUCGGAUGAUCACCCAAAUAUGUGUCGGAAACUGCUGAUUUUAUUUACUGAUCGAAUAUGAUACUUAAAAUGCCGCCUUUUUGCAGUAUACGCUUUACCAUCAGCGAGUCAAAAAGGAUCAGAAAGGAUCAUGUUUUAAAGUAGGUGGGCUAAAUCAUAAAAUGUUGGCAAAAAUUCCAAAAGGCGUUCCCGUUUCGAAAAGAUUGAUUAAGUAGGGUUGUAAAAUCAAUCAUCGUGCGGCAAAAUUCUAUAAUAAUCCCGUUACCCCAGAAAUUCGACUUUCGAAAAAACUUCUAUUUGGCUGCAUCCUAAAAACCGCAGUCCAAAAAAAUGACUAAAUACUUAGCAUGCAUUUUUUCAUUGGUUUUCGAUGUCCUUAAAGAUUCAAUUACAUUUCGUGGAACAGGUGCAUAAAAAUAUUUAUUCUUUUGCCAAUCCAGUAGAAAAUUACGUCUUCCUUCAAUUUUACACUCGAAGGGAAAGUAUAAAUUGGUUUUGAAAAAGUUUCUAAUUGUGAGUUUUUUAACACCGCGAAAUGACCCUCCAUUAAACGUCAUGUUGUUGUUUUUAACAAUGUGGCUUGUAAAGUUAACAAUAUGGCUCAAAUCCCCUGCUUAAUUUUAUAAACGCUAUAUGGCCCCCUUUAUAACAGUAGAGAAAUAUAUGAUUUUCUGUGUGCGGAAAUAAUGCGGCUUGUAGUUUGGUAACCCUGAAUGCAAGUUUAACGGCAGGUUGAGUUCAAAAUUAUUCGAAAAUUGGAAAACAUUUGUAAGACCAAAGUAUACCCUUUCUUUGAGUGUAAAAGUGAAAGAAAACGUAAUUUUCUACCGACUGAGCAAAAGGAAGAAUAUGUUUGUCAUGUCCCCUAUGAAACAAAAUUGAAUCUUUAAGACAUCGAAAAUCAAUGGAAAAAUGCAUGCUACAUAAGGAGCCAUUUUUAUGGGAUAUGAUUUUUGGAUGCAGCCAAAUAGAAAUUUUUUCGAAAGUCGGAAUCCUGAGAUAACUGAAUUAUUGUAAAAUUUUACUGUAUGAUGAUUGUUUUAGCAACCCUAUUUAAUUAGUCUUUUCGAAACGGGAACGCAUUUUGGAAUUUCUGUUGACAUUUCAUGAGUUAGACCACAUACUGCAUAUCUUGAGAAUUUCUUAAGAUUUUAAGAUUACGCCUCAGAUCUGUUCCAUUGCACAAAUUCUUUUACGGGAAGAUGUCAGGGCAAACAAGUUAACUACGGUAUCCUGCAUUUCUAAAAAUUAACUUUUUUCCGGGACGUUCAAAAUUGUAUAGAAAUUGCUUUUAUUCGUAUGCAUUUAUUGCUUCCCGAAAUCUAAAAAUCAUGUUUUCUUUGAUUAAAUAUCGAAAACACAACCGUUUCAUAAUAAAUUCAACGAUUUUGUUUCAAGUAAUAAAUCGAUAUAGCAGGCUUACACAUCCGAACAAAUGCCCCUAGUUUGUCUUUGCUUUUUAGGAUUUGUUAUAUUGUAUUAACUCAAAAAAAUCUCUACUUUUCCCUACUGUUCAAUUCAAACGGGUUGGUUAAUUUAGUAGGCUGGCAUUAUAUUUAAAAAGAUGCCUGAUUGUUCCUUGUAGCAAUCAUUUCAAUACUGCGUGAUAGGAAGACUUCCAAAGGCGCAAAACAUUAAUUUGCAUGUUUCUGAAUAAGGCAACAAAAGAAUACAGAUUUGCAAUAAGGUGCCGCAAAGAUAUCAAAAAACCAAUGUAAGUGCGAGAUUUAGAACAGAAAGGAAGAGAGUUGAGUGUCGAUGGUGAUAGAUUGCGCUCAAAAAGAUCAUUUCCCAUUGUUUCAAAACUCUGGUUGUGACCAGUACUUGAAUAAUUACUCAAGCUGACCACUUAUAUUUGUCAGUUCUUUUUAACGAGGCUAGACAUUGUCCUGCGCGAGAUAAAAGGAGAUAAGAAAGGCAUUUGGGUAGCAACACCUUGUAAAAUUUGUUCCUUUCGCAAGGCGGCAGUCUGUAAUGCCAAUUCGUUGUCUGGGUUUAAGAUCAUAUGUAAAUUUGCGCUUAACCUUUGGUUUUAAAGAAUAAAUUUGGCUAAUUCAGUAAGAGUUCUGAUGGAGCAAUGGGGUAUUUUCUUGUUAUCGUGACCUUUUUUAAAGGCUGACGCAGAUCUUCAAGUCAUUCUAACGGCUCUAUAAUGCCAGCCACGGACAUUCUAACUCUGCUACUACUAAAGUAGAACGCAUCGAUGCAUAGUGACAAGAAUGAUUUGAGUAAGUGUUUUCAGGCUAAAAAAUCAGCCAUUCCCUCCAGAGCUUUAAGGGUACACACGAAACAUGUUUUCCACCAUCUCUGUUUACUUCUUCCGAGACAUAGAAUUAUUCCUUUAAUUCACGAACGUUGGCCGUCUCUAGCCUGAUAUACUGAAACAUUCCGACCAAAAUUCACUGGUUUUUUUUAGUUGCCAGAUUAGUGUGCAUUUAAGUACCUCUAAACAAUAUGUACGUUAUUCCUACUGCAUGGUUUUUGGUCGUUUAUCCACCUAUUUAAACGAAAGCGGACUUCGACAAUACAUUUGGUUGCUUCCUUGAGUAAUUAUCUUAGCAUAAAGUGCCGGUAGAAUUUUCAAAAAAGGGGUUUUUAUUUGUUGGACCGAUUUUUGAAAAACAAUGGUAUUUUCUUGGUCAUGUUUUUGAUCUUUGCUAAUGCAUCAGCCGCACCAAACUAAUGCAAAGAGUGGACACUAAUUUGUAAAAAUGUGUGUCAAAAAAUACCAAAUCAGGGUGUUUGCACGGUAUGACGAAAAAUUCAGAAGGAAAAUAAAGUGAACGACGAAACGGCUGUAAUGGUUUUCAAUCAAAUACCAGUGCCAAUCGUGCAGAACUCAAUACUCGCGACACAAUGGUGUUAAGUUACUUAUGCCGACAUUAAUUCUUGUGUUUGCUUUAAAAAGUCUUAUGUCGCCUCUUAUUAGGCCAGGGCAUGUUUAUCGUACAGCGAGUAUACGCUAACGAAGGAAAAAACAUUUUUUCUAUAAAAAAGACGUAUAAUAUUUUCGGUUUACGUGGCCGAUGAUUGGCGGCUUUACAAUACCCCUGCCUAAAAUUGCACAUAACCCCAUAACGAAAAAUUGCUUAUAGGCAUAUUUUCAGCGCUUUUUGUAAAUUUGCGGCAAUAAUGAGGUAAUAUUUUAUUACACAAUGUUGAGACUUCUCAGAAACUGCUCAAUCUAACACAUUUGCAUUGCCAGUUGCAGAAAUUCUAGCUUGGUUCUUACCAAUGUGGUAUGCUAUUUUAAUGCAAUAACCGGAACGAAAAUUGGAUAAUACAUCAUUUUGUAGUUCAGUUUUUUCACAAAAGGAGAAUAAUGAAAAAUCUACCUUGGAUGCCAAAAAAAUUACAACUUCUUAACCUAAUCGUAAAAGUUGUUUAAGUAUCGUUUGGCAUAGAAGAGUCAUGCAAUCGUAAAAAACAUAACUAAGGCUCCCAUCUUGAACGUUUCGAAGAUUCGCAAGUAUGUUCCCAUUAGUUAUGUAAAAUCAACAACCCAAAAAAAGCAAAUAUUUCCUCCGAGUUUUGAAUUAUGUUUCGUUAUUUGCAGGUGCAGCUGUUCGUACCACGUAUAUAAAGAGUAACUUGAUAUGGCCGAAAACUUUUAUGUGAUACUAUAUUCUUCUAAUGUUUGAAAGAAUGUAUCUUGACUACUCAUAAAGCCAGUAAACCCCCACUUUACGUAUGUUAUAGUCACUGGGCUUAGAAAUUCACAGGGUUUGUAAAUUUUAGACAACAAUAUAAAUUGCGGAUGGACAGGAAAAUUCACUGUUUAACGAUCAUAAUUAUCAAAUACAUCUUUUAAGGCAAGGGGACUCUUAACUGCGGUUUCAAAAUAAAUGCGUUUGGCCGUCGUUGUAAACUAAUUUAAGGAGAAUAAAAUAGUAACUUUGGCCAAGCAUCUUUUCAGUUACGUUUUCUCAAUCAUUAUUAAAUGCAAGCGAUAUUUAUAUGGAGUGUAGUUUCGCGAAUUUUCGAUUUUGUUUUGCUUCAGCCUUCCCUUUUGGAAAAUGCCAUGCAAAUCAUUACGUCAGGCUUAUUUAGUGAAGGAUAUGCAAUUGCAGAAUAGCUCCACAAAGCGUUUCACAGGUUUUUUACAAUGCCUUUGGUGAUAUCAAGUAGACUGCGUGAUCUGAAAGUAGCAUUCAUUAAUUUGGAAGUGCUACGUUACGUUAUAAAAUGUGCAGGGGUUUCGAAAACUGUCACGUCCGUAAAAUUGGGAAGAAAGCAUAUAUUCUCUUCGAUUGGACAAUUGUUGAUGGGGCGAUAUUGGAAUAUUAUGGACUUUUAUAAUUUUUCAGUAGUGUAUAACUACAUUUGUAGAAAUCUGUAUGUUUGGUAAAAAUAAAUAUUUUAGGGACGAAAUGUUUUCUAGGGUAAUCAGCACAAGUUACAGAACUAAGGGUUAUUGUGUCGUCAUGCAUGAACUUACUUAAGAUGACAUUAAAAAUAAUUUUCCCAUUGUAGCACUCGAAUAAAAAUUCCUACUUCACUGUCUGUCUAAGUAUUUUAUUCAACUGUUGUGCCAUUAUUUUUUCAUGCCUAAGUACAGACUUGAUCUUAUAACAAAUCAUGCAUUAUCUUACAUGCAAAAUCCUAUGAAUGGCGUUCACAGGUCUAACUUAAUUGCCGAAUCUGGUAAUUUGACCCUCGCGACUGUCCAACGCGCCCCACAAAAUAAGCGCUGCACCGGCGACCUGCUUACGCUCUAGUACAUAGUAAAGCAGGUUUGCGCAGCGUUUACCUUGCAUUCCCUUUCCUCACUUAUCCCGUUUUUCAGUGGCAUGACAAAGCAAAGACAACCAGAUGAGAUGCAUAUUGACCCAACUGUGAAAAACGUGGCGCCUCGGUGAGAUUUUAACCCACGACAGUAAGGGGAAGGUUUUAGUACAGCCAAAGCUAUAACCAACCGAUCUACGAGGCCCCGCCAGACGACUCGAGUUUAAGCGCACUUGGGUCAAGUUACCCGCCCAACCUACUGCAACGUCUGGAAUUGGUCGUUAUUUUAAUUCUUAUCUCGCAAAAUUCUUGCCUAGAGGGAACAUUUUAAAAAUAUCAAAAAGUUGAAGCUGAAUCCGCUCAAAAAGAUGCAUUGUGUUUCUUCUUGAAUCACCGAAAGUAGGAUCUAUGGAGUUCCGAUGACCAUCUCCCAAAAGUUUAUGGCAGGUGGCCAUUAAAGUAGAUAGAAUAACUAUGCGUCAAAGUAAUGUUUUCUUCCCUUAUCUGGCUGCUACAUCUGAAGUAAAAUUCAGUGUCUCGUCAUUAAUUAUUCAAAGAGGAUUUAUGCCUCGCGUCCCAUCUCACCUCCGGUCGUCCUGAUUUUAUCUUUUCACCGGGUCCAGGUGGGUGGCUGAAGAAAAAAUGUGGCAGGUGCUAAGCAAAUCACUGUUCUGCGCCAACCAAGCUGCGGCCGUUACACAAUCAUUUUUCCCAAACAGAGAUCACGGUAUUAGAUUAUUGCAGACAUUUGCAGUGACAACCAGGAAGUUUGAGUCUUCAGCCUUUCACUUUGGCCUUCUUGAUGAAAUGGUUGUAAAAAGCAAGAAAGCUGUAAGCACAAAGAGUUUUGGCAAUCUUGUGUUAAUUUACGUGCAGUAAACAUCUUGUACUUUUGCAAAUAUAGCUUACGACCUCAGAGAAUUUAAAGCUGUUUUUAUUUGUUGAUGUUAAUUUUGUCGGUCGGGAUUUUUCAGCUUUUUAAUUUCUCCAGAAACUAGUUGUUAACUCCUGAUAAACCUGUUUGUUUUAGACCUUUAGACUCCGAUUAAAAUGUGCCAGGAAUAUUUUGACCAAAGCCCAUCAGCCACAGCGGAAUAAGAUGUAAUAUUCAUCAACUGUUAGCAGACAACCAGUAGUAUAUACAGUAGAUUCGCUAUUUCGUAAAAAAUAUCGGCUGGAAUUAUUAAAUGUCCUUGAUUAGAAGGGAUCAUUUGAGUAUAGUCGUAAGACUAACUGUCGUGCAGCAUAAUCACCGAACAUUCUAGUCAUGUAAUAAUGCCGGGUUUCGGACGAGCUCCUUUCUGGUUGUAAAAAAUGAUGUCUUUGAUUAUGCGAAUUUUUUCUAUUGAUUUUCGACGUCCCUAUAAAUUCAAAUAUACCCCAUAGAAAACGUGCAAAAAUAUUUUUACGCCCAGUUGGUAGAAGAAAAUCGCAUAUUGCUAUAUUUACUUAAGAAAAAGUAACGUAGGACUCACAAACUUUGCAUCGAAUAUGCACCAGGUUACAUAACUUACAGGCAACACUUAUCAGUGGACAGAUACGAUACUUUGUGGGAAGAACUUUCACGGUCUUAGAAAAACUUACAGUGCUAAACUUUUUUAAAGCCAAAAAUAUCCUUCUUAAAUGUAUAAUUUGGAGCCGUAAUCUGCUGCCAAAUGGGCGCAAGAUAAAUAUCUUUUACGCUUUCUAUGUGAUAUAUUGGAAUGUAUAAGGACGUCGAAAGUCAAUAAGAAUCAUUCAUGCUAGUAAAGUAGUCAUUUUUCACAGAGUGCAGUUUUUGCAAACAACCGAAAAAAACUAUCGUCGAAGGUCAGCAUUCUUAGGCGUCUAAAAUAUCGUGUAAUUAUGCUGCGUGAUUGUUAACCCUGCGACCCUGUUUUAGUAAUCGUUUCUCAUCAGAGACAAAUCGGAAUUGCAGUUAAAGUUUUAUGCAAUAAAACCUCCAGUGCAGAUAGUUUGCAUGAAAUACCAUUCCCUGAAAACGUAGUUGAUUGUUAAAAGCCCGCACGCGCGGUUCACCGAUAUUCUGCCGCCGCAUGCCCCAGCUGCGAGGAGUUCGGCUCUUCAGUGGGUUCCCCGGCGUUUCCCAUAGGCUUUCUGGUAGACUCCCUAAUUUUUAGAUUACUGUUUUUCUAUCAACAAAACACCUGUCUGGGCUUUUAACUAGGACCUGUGCUGUUAAGCAUGGUAUAUCACGCCAUCUAGUUUUUUGUUCCCAUCAUGGCGCCGGACAUUUCUUCCUACACGCCUUUAGUUUGGCAGAUAUACAUGGGCAUUCAUGCUUUGGUUGUUAUAAAAUAAAGCCCAUCGCCAGUCUAUGCAAAUAUUUUGUUGACUAUGCCUCGUAUUCCGAAAAACCAGUCUUUUGGUUUUCAUGUGGAAUCUACAGUCAAGAGAUUUUUCAGACUAUCACAAUCGAGACCAUCCCAAACAAAACCACCUAUAUUGGCAACCAUGAGCGCUGGAGACACUGAAAUUACAAUCAUUUGUCAAAAUCUCCCGCUGCAUGCCCCAGCUGCGAGGUGUUCGGCUCUUCAGUGGGUUCCCCGGCGUUCCCAUUAGGCUUUCUGAUAGAUUCCCCAAUUUUUAGACUGCUGUUUUUCUGUCAACAAAAUACCUGUCUGGGCUCUCAGCUAGGACCUUUGCUGUUAAGUAUGGUAUAUCAUGCCAUCUAGUUUUUUAUUCUCAUCAUGGCGCCGGACAUAUCUUCCUACCCGCCUUUAAAUUGACAGAUAUACAUGGGCAUUAGUGCUUUGCUUGUUAUAAAAUAAAGCUGAUCGCCAGUCUAUGCAAAUAUUUUGUUGACUGUGCCUCGUAUUUUGAAAAACCAGGCUCUUGGUUUUCAUGUGUAAUCUACAGUCAAGAGAUUUUUUGGACUAUCACAUGCGAGACCAUCCCAAACAAAACCACGAACGCUGGAGACACUGAAAUUGCAAUCACUUGUCAAAAUCCCCACCGUUAAGAUUGUAAUUCUGGUGUGUUGACACUUCUUCCCCCUCUGCAUCACACCUAACAAACAGUGAAGUGAGAAGAUAAGUUAAGUUACAGAUACCUCUCCAUUGCACUCCGACAUAGGGUAGUAAGUCUAAACCCUCUUAGAACUUAUUUAUGCCUUCUUACUUUCAGAAAAUACAGCUUCUCGAAUUGGACAAAGCAUGCUUAUUAACGAAAAGCAAAACACGAGGCUUUUUGGAGAGCGAGGCUUGUAUGUAAAAACGAUAAUUACUGCAGGACAGUGACAGUAUGAAAACGUGUGUCCAUCAUCGCUGCAAUGAAUUACGCCGUGUCACUUGCGAUCCAACCCACCGCAAAUAAAUCCUGCGUUGUUUUCAGUUACAAAAAACCACAUUAAAAAAAGAAGUGCAGCUGUAAACCACUGAAAGAAGCAAACGUGUUUUACCUAGUUUUUUUAAAAGAUAUUUGCAUAUUUUUUAUGAUGUUUUAAAAAAAAGCCAGCCGACAGUUUUCCAACGAAAAACUCAAAUCCACAACUGUUUUUGUAGACGCCUAAAACCUGACUUGCCAAAUGCACCCGUACUUGGUCGUCCAAAAGUCGAGAUUUGGAGUGGUUGCGUUAGAAAUGAGAGAGAUUGCCCGAGACUGCAAAUCCCCAUGUCGAGAGAACUAAUUAAUAAGUGAUUUGCUCUGACCUCGGCGAUCGCUGGAUUCUCAAAGCUCUCGCAGAAAUAAAAUGAAAAGCAACAAUUUAGUCAAUGCCUCGAAAAAUGGCAAAUUCAUCUCCAAACGCAGAAAACUUUCCGAAAGCUCUGGAGAAAACCAGUGACGACCAAAUUUCAAAAGCAAACAUGUGCAUGGGCUUGGUUGUUUUUUUUACAAACGACUGUGCAAAACAAACUGUUUACCUUCAUUUGUCCAAAAGUACAUCCUUGGAUUUCGGAAUUUAAAAAUAUUUCAUUUUCCUUAUUCCAAACUUUUUGAUUUUUUGUUUCGAGACUUUGACGUAGUGUUUCCCUUAGACCUAUCCCAUUAAGUUUAUUCCUGUAGUUUUUCAAAAAGGUAAGUUCGUUUGUGCUUUUUGCGAACUUGUUAGAGCAGUACAAAACAAACACUCCAGAUGUUACACAAAUUUACGUUUUGGCAGCACUUCCAUGUCGACUUUGAAAACAACUGAAACGACGAAGAACGUUUUUUCGUAAAUUAUGCAGGAAUUAACAAUACUAUGCCAGCGCGCCUUCCUUUUAAGAAUGAAGCUUAGAAACGCAAUUUUCCGCAAAGUGAUUUUUGAAACACGCCUUGUCUACUCUUUUUUGAGGUGCAUCUGAAGCUAAACCUAAAUUGAUAGCCAAAAGGGUAAAUAUCACUUAUGCAGCCACUUUUGGCUGUGGUAACACCGCCGAUGGCAAAAAGUGUGCUUGAUAUCCAUUUUCCUUUGAACAAUGUAUAAACGGAUUCUGGAUUCUGUUCUAUACUUGCCUUUACUGUAAUUCCAAGUAUUCCUCCGCAAUGCAACAUCAGACAAGGUUUAUUCAAGUUAAUUGUAUAACCCGUGUCUCUUUCAAGCUGUGAACUUGUCAAUAAUGCUACUUAUUUCUCGCUAAUAAGGUUUGGAAAAAACUAUUUGCUUAAAAUUGUCAUCAUUUUUACCGAGUUUUGUAGCAUAGUUUGUGUCUGACGCAUAAUGAGCUAUCUCAAGUAAAGUUAGGCAAAAAGGCAAGAACAGGACAUUGUGCUUGGAAGCAUUCCUAGCGACCUAAUAUCAGCUAUGAGGAACUCGUCAUUCGUUUAAGAUCUGCGCAGUAUUUUAGAUUAUAUAACGGAUUUUAUAUACCAUAUACUUGAGUCGCCUGCCGGUUCCUUUCAUAAACAAAAAUUUUGGAAGAAGAAGAAGUAUAAAUAACCACGGUCCAACAGAGAUCCGGAAAUUGGCCGGGUGGUAUUUCUCUCCUGCCAUGCACCAUUCAAGCCAGUAAGCGGCACAUUCUACGCCAUCAUCAGUCAAACGACUGAGCUCCCCGCAAGAAGAGGGAACCGUUUUGCAGUGCCAGAUUUUUCGAUUGGAUAUUGAUGCUGAAAAUCCCAACAAGGUAAGCGUUGUAUAUCUUUUAGCAAAUAUGUUUAUGAUAACGUAUGUCAAACUGCUUUCAAAAUUGACACUGUCUUUGAUGGGACUGAGUCCAUAAAAUGUUGAUAUGCUAGGUCCAUUUGCUAGGCAUUAAGCAUCAGAAUUUAUGCAAAUGGAUGUCGCCUUUUCAUUGAGUUUGAUUUUAGAGAUUAUUAUUUAAUUUGGUCGCAUUUCUCCAGCGAAAGCUAAUAUUUACUGAGGAAAAAGAUUAUGAUGGCUUAUGUCUGUGAAUAUGAGGUAAAUUCCGGACUACCUUUUUCUUGUGCGGAAAUGCAAUUUUUAUGCAGUUAUAAACAUUUGUGUGCUAAAGUAAGUGAGUCUGCUUGAGUAGUUUCCAUCUUAAACUUGCCUUUUAUUAGACAUAUUGCAUGAAAUCACAUUUAAAUCAGGUAAAACCAACGUCCUAACUUGGUUCAUAAUAAUAUGCCUUUAAUACGCAUACCACUACCUGAGAAUCAAAUAUUUGCAAAUAGAAAGUCCAAUAUGCUAAUGUUAAUACUCCGUAUUUUUCGGCGUUAAUGCAGUUAUUGUGGGCAAUGCUGCUCUGGUCCAUUAUCCCAAAAAUGUUAUUCGCACUAAUUAAAUUCCACUAUGCUUCUUUUCUCUUGAUGUCUGACUGGUCCACGCUGCAAGCACAUUCGCCUCUCUGACAUGUAAGUCUGUCGAAUAAACACUCACUACUUUUAUUAAUGAGCAUCAUCAAUUAAACAAGGAUGAACUGCUUAAAGACCUAUCUAAUUGUCUUAAAAGGGCUGCAUGGAAAAAGUCCAGAUGUCACUAGACAUUUAUUGGAGCCCGGUUAAAAGUUGCAACCCAGGUUGCCUAUAAGACAUCAAAGUUAGAAAUAUAAUCCAUAAAUUGUUGGUCAAAUUACUAUGCUGCUUAUAGUUGCUCUAGUCAAGACGGUUUUUUGAAUUAGGCCUGUCGCUUUCGUCAAAAUCAACGAUAUUUUUGGUGAGGUUAGGGCCAAAGAUUUUGCAUCAACAAAACUUUUCAAUGUUAGUCCUAUUUUGGUUUUGCAUCUCAUUACGACCCACCUUUAAUUAAGCCUUUAUAAACUACUGGAACCUCCGCAGCGUUUUCAACAACCUACUUUUGUUUAACUUUUUAAAAAUAACUAUAGACACUGCGAAAUAAACAUAUAACAACCGUCGUAAAAAAAGAGGAGUUGAUGCUACUUAAGUGCUCCGAGAUCCAUAGGAAAACUUUAGCUCUAAUAGGAUUCCUGUGCUAUCUUUACUGCAUUCUGAUCUCCACUUUAACGUAAAAUAGUCAAAUGUUUCGAUUAAACCGACGAAGGCUCUGAGUCAUGAAAUGAGCAGUCUGCAAAACAGUCCGUUUGAAAUUGAUAAUCUACAUCCCAUAAAGUCGAUUAUAUUGUUACCAGAAAGUAAUUUAACAAACGUUACUGCACAAAUCCACUUUUUUAAACUGCUAUAACUUGUUUCGAUUAGGCAGAUGUCAGCAGUAAUGUCUUUUUAGAAAUGACGUAAUAUCCAUCGUUUGUGUAAUUAUUCGACUCUCGCUCAAACGAUUCAGUUAAAUUUAGUUGGAGAAGUUGUGACGUAAAAUAAUGUAGCCGCUUAGUCGUAUUUUGUUAGGUAGCAGCCUGCAAAUACUUGCAUAAGUAGGUAAAUGCAACCCAUAUAGCAAGAGUACUUUCUAAAUAAAUUUGGACAGUUUUCGUGCUCAUUCAACUGGACUUGCAUAAGUAGGUAAAUGCAACCCAUAUAGCAAGAGUACUUUCUAAAUAAAUUUGGACAGUUUUCGUGCUCAUUCAACUGGAAAUUCCGUAGGUUAGUCAAAAUAAUUUAGGUUUUAUAACGCUGCUUUUUUCCAAACAAAGUAUUCCCUGAUAUUUGUUCAAGUUAUAUUAAGCACCAGAUUUAUCGCCAUGUUGAUUCGACUUAGGUCCCCUCUUUUUUGCCUUUUUCCUUUCAAAUUUUCUUUUUCCUGAAUUUUAAAUCAUCAGAAACAUGACUCAUAUCCCUGCAAACUUUGUGCACCUUAGACUUUUAAAUCCUGGUACGGUUAAAUUUACAGGAAAACCAAACCACCCCAAAUAUUUUCCAGACGGCUGAAACAAAGAGGGCACAUUAUUUCCUGCCAAUCAUUGCGUAUAUAAUUGAGUUGAUGGCUUCUUUGUCAUACGAUGUCCUCUAAGUUUCAGAAACCACCACGUGGUUGUGGGCGGGUUUUCGUACAGUUCCCUUGCGUCCUUCUCCCAGGAGGCUGAACUCACUGUGGAUGAACAAGCUGUCAGCCAUGAUGGUCAAAUCUAAGUGAUCAGUCUGACAUAUUUCAUAUUCUGUGAAUUUCUUUAACUUAAACUAACACACUGAAUAUUUGCCGAAUUUACGUUAUAAACGAUAAGGUAUAUAUUUUAGCCCGAAUUGACCCUCUUUAUACCCAACCAAUUUACCUGUUAAUAACUGUUGCAUACUGUUUUCGCAUAUUCCUCCACAUUCCUAACUUAGACGGCAGCCAUCUAAAUAAGAAAGAUUAAAGGAAAAAGCCUUCACUGUCUUGAGAUUUGAUUUUUUCUUGCGCGAAACGCAAGGGGAUCAAGAUGAGGGUAAUCACGCUAUUUUCAGAAAAAGUCUGAUGCAUUAUCCUGUGCGAUACUCUACGCCAAAUGUUGCAUUAACUGGAUAUUUUUGUUUUGAGAAACUUCCUCACAACUUAUACACCUGAGCAAGUUGUCCAGAAGUAAUUGUGCGAUGGUUAAAAUUGCCCCAACUGAUUUAAUUUCUGUGUUGUCAUGCCGUGUUUUAGAAGCGAAAUGAACGCACUGUUAGACACCAACACUCUUCGUAUGCGGUCUUGGAUAAAUUAAAAAUAGGAAAGUGUUCCCACGAUAAUUAAAUCCAGUAUUAAUUGAACAUAUGCGCACAUGAGCAAAACUACGGAAACAUUCCUUCACGUUGCUUUAGAUAAAGAGGAAGGACGUUUGCUUUCAUUUGUAAUCUGCUGUAGAAAUCCACUUUAUGAGAAGGGCCCCUAUUAAAGAUUAGUUUUUUUAUUGAGAGCAUAUUUACUGUAGGCCGUCCUUGUUCGAGUGUGGUCUUAAGUAUUUGAAAAUCGCAAUUCGCGAGGAAACGAAUGAUCAGGAGUUCGUAAUUUUUACUGGCAGUGCCAAUGUAAGAACCUUUAUAACUGUCAUUUCAAAUGACCAUAGUUUUAAUGAACCAACCAAAUAAUAAUGAAUACAUUGAAAUUCCAAAAACGUCCUUAUGCUUAAUGGAUUCUGCCUUCACUUGAAUUUUUAUGGUUUUUUAUAUGAAAAAUGGUGCCCAUAUGAUUAUAUAUACUGCAAGUAUUGCACUUUUUUAAUGUCGUCAGUCCUCUUGAUAUUCAAACUUAUGAGGCACUUUACUCUUGCAAUGUGUCUAUCCAAGGAAUCAACUAAAUCCAUUUCUAUCUUAGAUUUUGCUUCUCGAACAGGACAAACGAAAAAUGGUCAUCCGUUUCCUACAUAAUGUAUUGAGAGAUUUUGUCAAGUACCAAUAAAAUUUAUCAGCUGUUAGACAGAUUACUGCGCUACUUUUAUGGAAAGUUUAGCUCAGAGAUUAGUUUCGAGUGUUUGGACGUUGUAUCCGUACUUAUAUUUGCCAAUGAAAAUUCAAAACUUCGAUGGUUUGAGGUUAGGUUCUUGCUUGCACUUAAUGUUUUUUUAAAUGGACAAUUUCUGUUUCGUCUAAACGCGGCGCGUCACGUUCGUACACUUUAGUUUACCAGAUACAGGAUUGUUGAUGUUUGCAGUAUUUAAACGUUCCACAACAAAUGCCCACAAUGGCAUUCUUCGGGGUAUCCCGGUUUCAUUGCUGCGGUUUGAGAUUUGCAUUAGCUUGUUUUAUUAAUUUGCAAAUAAAAUUAUCAGCCUCUCUCACCACCGAUUUCAAAAACGAAUUUCUACAAUAAAAGUAUUUCUAUGAUACUGGAAACAACACCAUCUUUUUCUGUGCUACAUACGUAAAUAUCGCACUUAUUCUGCCUGUGGGGCUAGUUAGAUUUUCUAGAUGAUUGAUGCGUAAAUACUCAAGUUUAUUCUGUCAGCUCUAGACCCCAAAUAGUGUUUGACCAAUAAUCUUAAAAUCCUUUUAGAUUAUUAUGAUGUGGAAGCAUUGCCAAUUGAAACGAAGAGACGAGUCCCGGGAAGCAGUCUUAAAGGAGAAGACACGAUCGCCGGGACAAGACCUCUAUUACCCUCGUCAAGGCCGACAAUGACUUGGUCAUUGUGCCAGCGGACAAGGGGCGCUCCACUGUUGUGCUGGACAAAACAGACUACCUUCAAAAAGCCAACGGUUUACUGGAUGACUGACAGUUCUAUGUGCAACGAACCCUGUAAAAGCGCUGACACGCGAAAUUAAUGCUACGUUGUUGGCCUUGGAGAACUCAGGUGCAAUAACACCGACCGACAGGCGCACGGCGAGACCCCAAGAUACGGCUUUGGCCCGAUUCUAUGGCCUCUCUAAGGUGCUCCGCUCCAACGCAUCGUGUCGCUCAAAGGUACUCCAACGUACGGACUGGCUAAGUGGCUGUUCCGGCGUCUCAAGUUCCUGACCGCUGAGUCAGACACCACGGUCUCUUCGUCAGCACAAUUCCUGGAGAAACUCAAAGGGGUAAGCUUCCAUCCAGAUGAGGUCAUGGUAUCUUUUGAUGUUACAUCUCUUUUUGCUUCUAUUCCCGAGGACCUGGCAAUCGAGACAAUCGAGCUGCUUCUACAUAGCAAAUACGAUGAAACGGAGAAUCGUCUUGGACGCGCCCAAGUCCUUCAGCUCCUGAAGUUCUGUCUCAGGACGUACUUCACGUUCGAUGGGACAAUCUACGAACAGGUGAAGAGCACACCAAUGGGUUCACCGAUUUCGGUGUUCAUCGCCGAGGCGGUCCUGCAACGGUUAUAA